ACCUCCUCUCUGAUUCCGACUUCAAGGGAAAAGAGUGUUGUGCGAGGAAGGUGUUCGACCUUUUGCUCCAAAGAAUUUUGUUCUGCUUCGUAUCUCGAAAGCAGAAAUGAAGGUCAAUGUUGUUUCACGUAAUGGCGAGGAGAUUAUGAAGGGGUUGGAGCUCGAUUCUUCGGCAAUGGUGAGCGAUCUGCAACAGGCGAUAUACUCACGGAACAAGAAGCUCUAUCCUGCUCGGCAGCGCCUCACCCUCCCAUUUAAAUCGGGAGUAGAUGGAAAACCAGUUGUCCUCAACCCAAGAAAGAAACUGGUAGAUUAUGCGGAUGGAAAUGAAAAACUUAUAACUGUAGUGUUCAAGGAUUUGGGACCUCAGGUCUCAUACAGGACACUCUUCUUCUUGGAGUACUUGGGCCCUUUACUCAUAUAUCCAAUCUUCUAUUUCCUUCCAGUCUACAAGGUCCUUGGUUUUCAGGAAACCAAAGAAAAGCUUCCUGUUCAGACCUACGCCCUGUAUUACUGGGUCUUCCACUACUUGAAACGCAUCCUGGAGACUUUCCUUGUUCAUAGAUUCAGCCAUGCCACUUCACCAAUCUAUAAUGUCUACAGAAACUGUACUUACUACUGGACUUUUGCUGCUUGCAUUGCUUAUAAUGUGAACCACCCACUUUACUCAUCUGUCAGCGAGAUGCAAUGGAAGAUUGGCUUUACUUUUGGCUUAAUUUGCCAAUUCGCAAACUUAUACUGCCACCUUAUUCUGAAAACUCUGAGAAGUCCUGAUGGCGCCGGAGGCUAUCAAAUGCCCAAGGGAUUCUUGUUCAACUUUGUGACUUGCGCGAACUACGCAACUGAGAUCUAUCAGUGGCUUGGUUUCAAUAUUGCAACGCAAACUUUCGCUGGUUAUCUGUUUGUUGCAGUUGGUACUUAUUUCAUGUAUCACUGGGCUGUCGGAAAGCACCAGAGAUUGGUUAAGUUGUUUGAUGGAAAAGAUGGAAGGCCAAAGUUUACAAGACGAUGGGUGCUGCUUCCUCCAUUUUACUGAAGUGAUCUAAAAGUUCUUAAUGUUGGCUACUGUGUUUGCUUUGCCAGUUUCAUGUGGGAACAAGUUCUAGCUUUUGGGAACUUGAAUAUAUAGCAGCUUUACUCUUUUUUUUUUUUUUUCUGUUUUUAUUUCUUACAAUGUAUCUUUAAGCUGAAAUGUUAAUGAAAGUCUGGUGUUUUUAUA